CUUCUCCUCUUCAGCUUCAAAAAUCUGAACUCCUGGCACAUCUGAAACGAGGACAAGAAGGUCUUCAGAGCUCCAGCAAUAGUGCUGAUCAAAAGCUGGUUAAAGAAGCCCUGAAGAAAUGGCCAGAAGCAGGAAACUGGUGGAAUUCUUACCGGAGUCCCGUGAGCGUGCCCACUUCAGAUUCAUCGAGUUCAGAUGAUGACGUUGCCAGCGAGAAAGAAGAGGAGGAGAGCGUUCCGUGGGAGAACCAGCGGACUACGAAACCUCGUGCUGCUUUGCUAGGCCAAUGGGAGAGUGUCCCGCGGCAGGGAAAAGCUUGCAAGAUCCAGCACGGCCGCCUGCAGGACUCUCGCCCCAGAGUUAACCGUGCUGAUGGGAAAAAGAAAGGCCUUGCUGGCGGCAGCAAUAGCCGGCAAGGAAUGGAUACCGAAGAGAGCCAGAACGAAUGCACCGUCUGUGGGAAAAUCUUUGGCAGGAGAUCAUCCCUCCUCAGGCAUUUCAAAGUCCACAGCGGAGACAAACCUUUUAGAUGCUCCAUCUGCGGCAAGUGCUUUCUCGCGAAAACCAGCCUGGUUUUACACAAGGAGAGUAUGCAUAAAAAACGAGCCCGUUCGGGAAAGAAACGCUGGGAAUGUUGUGAGUGUGGGCAGAUCUUUGCCACGAAAGCUUUUCUGACGGAGCAUCAGCAGAUGCACAGCAGCGAAAAGAAGCAUCCAUGCCCUGCCUGCGAGGAAAGCUUCGCGGAAACCAGGCACCUUGUGAAGCAUCUUAUGACCACUCACUCUGGAGACCAUGUCUUCCAGUGCCCCGUCUGUGGAAAAGGCUUUAUGAAGGAGAAGGAGCUUGUGAAGCACCAAGUAAAGAACCACGGCGAGAGCCACUGGUUCCCCAGUCUGGGCAGCGAAAACAGCUGCAAGGAAAAAACGCCCCCGAUCAAACACAAAGGGUCUUAUCUGAGCCCCGAAAUUCUUCCCGGUGCGGCAUACGAAGGAAGAAACGGUGGGGUGGAACGUCCCCUGACCUGCGGCCACUGUGGGAAGUCUUACAAGCAAGAGAAGGCUUUCCUUAAUCACCAGAGUGUGUGCGUGAGGCCGCGACCGAGCGGCGAAGGAAAAGUCCUCAAGGAAGACGGCCCGCUCACUAAAAACCAGAUCACCCACGUGGAAAUGAAAGAUAACACUUGCUUCGACUGUGGGAAACCCGUGUGCAAAAGUUCGCUGCUGGCCUCUCAGCCCAAGGCAGACCCGGAAAAGAAGCUUCAGGUGUGCCCCGAAUGUGGGGAAAGUUUUAGAGACAGCCACAGUUUUGAGAACCACUUGAAAAGCCACCAAAAGUCACCCUCUUCUCAAAAUGACUCUGCUUGGGAGAGCCUUGGGGGGAAAACAGUGGCCGUGCCGGAGAAGAAAAGCCGCUACCAGUGCCGAGGCUGCAGGCGAGACUACUCGACUCAUUAUAAUCUCAGGAGGCACCAACGGAUCCACCUGGAAUGCCGGUACAGGAGGAACGGCCGCAAGGGGAAGGACGCCGCCUACAGCUGGUUCUUCCUGGACUUCCCGAAAGCCCGUAGCAGAGAGCAGACCCUUCAGCACAAGUGCACCUUCUGCGGGAAAGCCUUCAAAACGAAAAGCACCCUCGGUCGACACCACCAAAUCCACAUCAAAGGCAAGCCUUACAAGUGCACCAUCUGCGGGAAAGCGUUCGUCUACCGCUACACCCUCGCCCACCAUCAGGAGAUCCACCUGGAAGACCAGCUCUACCAGCACAAGUGCUCCAUCUGCACGAAGGCCUUCAGGACCCCGUCGGCCCUCCGCCGGCAUCAGCAGCUGCACAAGGAAGGCAAGCCCUACAUCUGCAACAUCUGCGGGAAAGCUUUCGCCUACCGGUACAAUCUCACCCACCAUCGGGAAAUCCACGUCGAAGGGCAGAUCUAUAAGUGCUCUUUCUGCUGGAAGGCCUUCCGAACCAGUUACUCCCUCAGCAGGCACAAGCGCAUCCACACCGAGACCAGGUCCUACCAGUGCCCUACUUGCAGGAAAGCCUUUGGAACGAAAUACUCCCUUUGGAGGCAUCAGGAGAUGCACGUGAAAGAGGAGCCGGAUAGCUUGCUUGGCGGGAAUGAGGCCGGGAACAACUCGGUCAAAGAUCAAGCUAGCGGUAGCGAUGAUGGCGCGGACAAACAGUUUGCCCAUCCGGUCCACACUCCAGGCCAGGGAGUCCACAAGGAACGGAAACCCCCGGAAGGCUCUGAGAACACGAGCAGCUCGCUCCUCCCCGAUCAUCAAAGCACGCGUGUAGAGGAAAAUGCUAUUAAACCAUCGGACAGUCAAACUUUCAGGAGCGUUGGAGUGGGGGCUAAAGGUCAAGACAAGCCUAUAAAAGGAGAGCCCCAGCCGUGGACCAACGGCCCGGUGUACACAGGACAGGGAAUCCAAACGGCGGAAGAUCUCCCAGGGUCCUCUGAAAAUGGGGACAUCUCCUUAGGCCCCGUGGGAAACCAUGCCGUUAAAGAGCCCGCUGAUUGGUGCUUCCUAGGUAAAUUGCCCGGGGUUGGCCAACAAGGGAUGGUCCCGCAGGAAAAAAAAUAUAGCUGCCCUAAUUGUGGGAAGUCCUUUAGAGAUAAAUAUUCCCUUACAAGACACGGGAAAGUCCACUUCCCCGAGAGGCCUUACCCGUGUCCAAAGUGUGAGAAGAGUUUCCGCAGUACUAAAGACCUGGAGAAGCAUCAGGUGACCCAUUCGGAUCGGAGGCCCCAUCAGUGUGGUGAAUGCGGGAAAUACUUGAAGACAAAGUACACGCUCGAUAAGCAUCAGAAGACCCACAAAGGGGAAAAGCCAUUCUGCUGCUCUUAUUGUGGCCGAAGGGUGACCACAAGCACAAUUCUUCGGUACCACCAGAGAACCCACACCGGGGAGAGGCCGUAUAAAUGUGCCGUGUGCGAUAAAAGUUACAUCAGCAAGUGGUCCCUUAAAAAACAUUUGGAGUUGCAUUACAAAACGAGUCCGCCAAACGACCUUCAGGAAGCAUCUCAGCUUGACCACAAAAGUUAAGGCGACUUGGUCAUUUGUGGGUGAAGAAAUGGGACACCGUUCUAAUCCAUAAGGUUUGGAGGUCUUUUGGAACUGGUCUGGGUUGAAACAUCCGCCUUUAAAAUUCCCAGGUUCUUUCUUAUACCCAGUGACUAGCUACCUCAGAAAAUAGAUUUUUGAAUGUACUUUACCUUUCCAAUCUCGAAUUGUUCAGAUAACUUUGCUCCAAAAAUGAACAUCCAUGUCAUAUGGAGAGCCUGUAAUAAGAAGGCUCCCUUUAUUUUGAAUGAGCGGACCUGACUGAAAACUUGGAUGCUUGGAAAAAAACGAUUAAGAGCAUUGAUGAAGCUACAGUUUGGAGGGAUGAGUGAUGGCGAGCUGUCUUUCAUUUCCUAACAUUGUUUUCACAUUGUAAAAAGCCAAUUUUGUGUUAAAAAUAAUUCCUCUUCUGCAGCGUACGUAGCAGCGUACGUAUAUAAAGUGGGGGGGAGAGACACAGAACAAUUAUUUUAAGAAGUGUGGGUGAGAAGGUUAUAUAGUCUUCUUUUUCAUAAUGAAAAUACUGCUGGUUUGUGCAGUGAAUGAAAAACGUGCUUUUCCAAUGCACUUUGCAUUGCCAAGAAGACAUUCAAGGGUCAAAUAUAUUCUAAAUCUUGCCAAUGUUAGGAAUUCGCAUUUUGGGAUCUGUAAUAAAUAAUACAAAACAGUUUUCUGUACGUUUU